AUUUAAACAGGUGGAGAAGAUGGAAGCGGUAAUUGCCUGACGCCCAGGAUAUAAUAACGCAGUUCUAGACAGGCAUAAAGCUCACGCUAUCACCCUAGCUUGCCUGUCCUUGCCGGUCUAGGUACCACUGACCUGUCGUGUCUUGUCGUGUCUUUACUUGCUGACCUUUGAUGUCCAAGCAUCUUUAAUGUCCGAGCAUCUUUAAUGUCCAAGCAUGGCACGUCCAGAUGCCUCCAGCUGCUUCUCGGGAUUCGAAUUAGGGUCGGGAUUAGAAAAGCCUUCAAGGAGAGAAAAACCCCAGCAGCUAGCGUGCGACAGAUGUCGCGGCCAGAAACUCCGGUGCAUGCGGAGUGCGAGCCCCAAUGCUCCCUGCGAGAGGUGCCAGAAAGCCGGGGCAACAUGUAUCAUCGAUUCAUCGGUGCGCAUGGGCAGGCCGAAGAGGACACCCAAAAACCAGUCGGGAGAAAGCAGUGGAAGCUCCCGCAAUCCAUCCCAACCAAGACGUUCGCCGCCUUUGGCCACCAAGUCAUCUCAAACGACCACCACUGUCGACUUCACCCCCAACAGCGACGCUUGGUUGGUGCAUGGACUCGACGACACGCCGAUUGAUCCAACGCUACAAAGUGUCACGAUGCAGUAUCUAGACUCGUUUGACUUUGCUCUCCAUGGGGAAGCCACGGGCGAAGAUGAGUCGGCGGGCAGACCGACAGAGCACUAUCUCGAUCCGACUUUGGAUCUGUCCUUGGGCGAAUCGAUUCCGGCUCUCACCGAGGACGAAGGUGCAGCAGUCGAUGCUACCGAGACACUCAACGACUACAGUCGCUUUCCGCCGAUGCGCCAAGAAACAAUGCAGGAGUUGUCGGACCUGAACAUGCAGCUGUCCCGACAGUUGGGCGCCGUAGGUUCCACGGCAAACAAGCACACGAACAUCCACUCAGGCGCAGGCUUGACAGCCUUGGCUACACCACGGGGCGAGAACCGUACUCUCUGCGAUGUUGUCGUCUUCAUGAUGCACGGCCUUCAGACAUACCACAGGCUGCUCGUCGAGAUUCUCGGUUUCACGGGGCCGACUCACUCCGCCAUGUACGACUCACGCGACAAUCCCAAGUCCAGCGCUGUGACUGCCAGCCUACUGAGCCCGAUUGAAGGCGUGGACUGCGAGGACUCGAGGGGCCGCAUGGCUGAGGCGACAGGUCGGCCGCCGCGGAAAAGACUUCGAUCAGAUAACCGUGUCGAGUUUACCGCGCGGCAUGACUCGUCCCAGAGUGCUAAUCUUGACAUGCCCACGAGUCUUCUGCUACUUUCCUGUCACACAAAUCUCAUAUACCUUUGUCGAGACGCGUUCGCAGCCAUUCGAGCGGCAUUGUCCACCACAAAUGGCCACAUCACCCUCUUCACCAUCUCAUUCCUCAAUAACGACGCCAUGUCGAUGCCACCCGAUCCAGAUCUGCAGAUCAUUGUUCUCAUCCAGGCUGUGAUUGGGAUGAUAGAUAGAAUCGGACGCUUGCUCGGCUACCCAGACGACUGCGAGGUCGAUUCUGGUGGCGAGAGAUGCGAGAGCAAUGCUCGCAGCAGUGCGAUCCCCCGGCGGCUCCUUGAUCUGCUGCUGAGAAGCGAAACAUGCGGGGAGGGCCCUGCGGAUAGAGUAGGAACUAAAGCACUGAGGGAAGAGAUUCGCCGGCUUCAUGAGCUUGUUUACAAGCCAGUGUGAAGGGCAUUGAUGUGUGACAUUAGAGCGGUC